AUGAAUCUCUCGGCGUUGAUGAACGAUGGCGGCGAGGAGGAGAGCAGUCCGAGAAAGAACACGUCGCCGGAGGCAAAGAGGAAUAGUCAGCCAUCUGGGACAACACCAGCUGUCAACGGACACCAUGCACAAGGCUAUGCGCAUCCGCACGCGCAUCCACAAGUGCCGCUGCCCGGGUAUGGUCCUCCUCCAUCUCUACCCACUGCAAGGUCGUCUGGCAGCCAAGGUUUCCCGCAACUACACACCCCUGGACAAGGUCCUCCCGACUACCGAUACCGAUCGCAGGACGGCUUCUCCGCAACAACGCCCGGCGGAAGACCCCCUACCGCUAGCUAUGGCUACCCGGUUCAACAGUCGCCUUCGAGCGCGAGCAUCCCACUGCCACACCAGUCCACCUCUGCCUCUCCGACGCCGUCGUCGCAUCACAGUCAGCACCGCCAUACACCAGGAUCCGUCCGACAGAGCCCACAGGCAGUCAUGUCUCAGCCGCCCAAUCAACCACCAAGCGCAGGCAUGUAUCAACAAUCAGGCGCAUACCAACAAUCACCAUACACCCAGGCGCAACCGAGAACACCGCACGGUCCGCCCCCACCACUUCUUCCCCAGCACUCCAGCAGCUACCUAGACAUGAGCAGUCCGGUCCAUAGCCGCACAUUCUCCGGCACGUCGCAGGGGAAUGCAUUCACCGCACAAUCGCCGGCAGCCAUUAGCAAUCUCGUGGAGUCGCCCAACACCUUCCAUCGCCCUUCACCUGCCGACCUCCAGCGCCAUUCCACACAAUAUCUCACCCAGCAGUUCACUCAGGAGCGCGAGAGGAGCCUGUCAGUCUCUCCGAAAACGCAAGUAAUGCCGCGUCCACACUCUCAGAGAAGCAGUGUGCAGGAUCUCAUAAAUCACGUGCCGCCAAGGCCGCGUGAGCCCUCUAACGAAGUUCUGGACGCUAACGGUGCUGGCAAACAAAGCGUCGUCUCCGCGCCCCCGAAUCCCCCAAACCUUCCACAUCACACCUCAGAAGCCACCAACAUGGUUCCUCCGGCGGAGAAGCAGCUGAAGCGCCCAGCACCCGAACCAGCGCAAGAACCACCUGCCAAGCGAACCAUGACCCGGAAAUACACCCAAAGGCCCCCUUGGGCCGUUCUCUCAAAGCACAACCCACGAUUCAAGCACGGGGACGCGCAAGCGAACGGUCAUGCGCCGACUCUCGAGCGCGCGAUCACACCACGUGGCGCCUCUCAGCAACCUAACGGCACUGUCCCGAUUUCGGAGACGAAGCCCUGGCAGCAGCAUCCGCCCCUCGACCACGACCUCAUUGGCGCUUCUGCCAUUCUUGGAAAGUGGGAAAAGUCGUUUCGAUGGAACACCCCAUAUCCGCCGAUGCUCAAGUGUGUGCAGGAUUGGCUGUUUGAGCAGUUCAGUGGGCUUCAAGACGUGGGGAUGCAUCCGAAGGAGGGCACGAUCGAGGUUGAGGCAAGGGUCGGCGUCCUCAAGAAGGCCGGCAGCGACGACCGCCUCCGCCUUCCCGUUCUAAGCACCACCGUCCUCGACCCCGCCACCAACUCCGACUACCACUUCGAGAGUAGAAUGACCGAAGCCGAGCACAGUGCCAUGAACAAAUACCUCAACGCCGCCACCGCUGAGUCAAUGGCAGACGGCCGCGUGAGAAUGACCUACGACCACACCUACGAAGCCGACUUCUACCACCCCCUCUCCGCCACCGGCCUCGCCGCCCUCCCCACCUCCAUCCAACGCCGCAACACCCACACCCGCCCCCCGCGCCUCCGCAUCACCCGCGCCACGCGCGACAGACCCUCCACCCACCACUGCCCCGCCAUCCGCGCCGGCCAGAUCCUCGGCCGGAUAGUGAAAAUGCCCAUCUCCGACCUGCACAUCUACAACCCGCAAUACAACUACGACACCCGCAUCUCCCUCGCCCUGGAAGUGAACCUCGACCGUCCGGACAUCGACCCUACCACCCUCAUCGCCGCCGAAAGCGCCACGGACCGCGGCCCCGACCGCAUCAAAGACCGCGUCUCCUACCGCCACCUCGCCUACUCCAUCGACCUGACGAAAGUCGACAUGCCCGGGCAGGGCGCCGGGACGUACGAGCUGGAGGUGGAGGUGGAUUCGAGGGUGCUGCGGGAGCAGAUGGAGCGGUUGGUGCGGGGGGAGGCGAGUGCGUUUGGGGAUGUGGUGGGGGGUUUUUUGGAUAAUGUUACGUUCUUGACUAGGCAGGGGCCGGUGGGGUGA